UAACUUUUCAGGUUAUGUUUGAGAUCUCUGCCAAUCGUAUCGUACUUUGCUCCGCUACGGGCCGCCAAUUUAUUGUUGUGUGGAUCUAUCUCUUUCAUGUUUGGCUUUGAUGGGAUGGUUCAGAUAAAUUGAUUCACAAUCGGUUUCUAUCCACGAGAGAACUGGAUCUUAUGGCAUAUUUCUUCUUCUUUCCAUGCUGAAUCAUGAUCAAUCAGUUUGAUUUUAAGAAACCGGAUUGAAUCCCUAAGAGCAAGAGAGUAACUGUACUGAGAAUGGAGGAGAAACUGUAGCAAUUGAGAACUUGUGAAUAUUAGGUUUUCAAUAUGGCGGACGAUGGAAAAGAGGAAAAGGUUUCUUCUCGGGGAGCUGACUGGGAAGUUGUGUCCCUCACGGCAUCCGCGUAUGCUGCAGAGCCUGGUCUGCAGGAAUUUGACCCUACCUCUGAGAGCAAAGAGAAGGAGAACAUGACUGAACGUGAGUCUUCUGCAGCAUUAUUCAUGUCCGGUCAUUUUGUGUUUCCACCCAGUGAGCAUGAGAAUCUCCCGAUAGAACCUGACACAAGCAAAAUCCAUGGUGAGCCAACAAUGAUUGGUGGUGAUAAUGGAAUUGAUGAUUCUGAUAGAGAAAAGUUGCAGACUGAAUCUGAUGAUCUCCAGUAUGGUAUCGAGUUUUCUGAAGGUAAUAGAAUUUCCUUCCGUGAUAUGGGAUUUGAAGAGGGCAAGGGAUCCCAUAGGCUAAACUUGGUUGGAGUUGAGCAGGAUAUAUUUGCUGAUCCUCGUUCUGUUGAUGUUCACUCUGAAGCACAUAAAAGCAGCACCAAAUCUGAGGCUGAAGAACCUUCUGAUGUGAAUAUGGAAUCUCCUCAUGAUCAUGCAAAACCAGGUGGAGAUGAGAUUGAUGGAUCCAACCUUCCUUGCCAAGCAUGGUGGAAGACGCAUGCAGUAUCUCUGUAUAAACAGGCAAAGGAGGCUGGUACUUUUUGGUCUGUUGUUGUAGCUGCUGCCGUCAUGGGAAUUAUAAUUGUGAGGCAAAGAUGGCAUCAAGACAAAUGGAGAUUUAGCAUCAACGAUGAGAGGAUGAGCAGGAUGAUGAGACCAAUCGGCCGAUUUAAGGAUGUUAUGGUUGGCGGCCACCAGCCUAACCGACUGAUACAUUGAGUCGGUGUGUCAGCCCGGCUUUUGAGCUGUUGAUGGCGGCACGGAUGAAUAAAAAUCAUAUGCAUGUGAGAUGUAUCACCGCGAAGUUUGGCAACAUGAUUCGAUGCCUGUAUGUCUUGCAAACUUGCAAACUCAAAGUUCUAAUGUGUUCUGGUUAAUCUUCGUCUCUUUAUUUAUAUCAUACACUUCAUGUUUAAAAUAUAUGAGGUUCUAAAUGAUUGGUUCA